UCUGUAACAGCAGAUCAGACAGCAGAAGAAGAAAGGGGACCAAAAUAAAUCAUUACUGCAGGUUUACAGCUUCCAACAGAGAGUGUGGAUUAUGUGUACUCGUGGCCAGGAACGACAGCUGACACACAGGAAGUCUGACUGGUGCUCAACCGAGCUCGCAGCCAGAUUAUCCAAUCAGCAUCACCUGUGUGAAGCUGGUGUGUGACAGCCUGAGGUACUGAGAAGGAACCCUGACCAUGACCUGCUGCGACUUUUCAAAAUAAGAGCAUGAAGCUGUUGGUGAUUAAGCUUUAGGAGUGCCUGUGUGUGUUUGUGUGUGAGCAGACCAGCAGAUUUUACAGCAUGAGGUUCACUUCACCCACAGAAACAUGUUCAAACACUCUAAAUACAAACAUAUAUUAAAAUGCAUGAAUAUAAUGUGGUGAGGUGUACCUAAUAAAGUGGCUGUGAGUGUAAAUUCUGCACAAAGUCCUGUGAAAUAUGUGAGUUUCAACUUUGUGGGUCCGCUCAAUCAAUCAGUUGAUCGGUCAGUGAACCGAUCGAUCAUCUGCGGUGUUUCCUCUUCAGGAUGUUGGGGCUCUGACAGCUGCAGAAACCUGAUCAGCUGAUUGGUGGCUCAUCCUGGGGUGUCCACGUGCACAGCCUGACCUUUCAUUGUUAGAGAAGCUGCUGCACGCGCUGUUAGUCUGGAUGAUGUCAUUACCCCAACACUGUCCCUUUAACGUGCUGAACAUCCGGGCAGCAGGGGGCAGCAGUGGCGCUCAGGGGCCACUGGCUGUGUUUGUGAGGGCUCCGAAGUCCACCAGAACCCGGACCCCAGCUCAGACCUCUGAGGGUCCCACAGGUGAGGCCCAGUGCACCUGUCCUCACCUCAGGUGGCAGGGUCCUCCGAGUUUACUCCAGAAUUAAAGUCACAAGAACUCAAAAUAAAGGCUGUUUUUAUUCUAAAUAACAAACUUUAUUAGGACAAACAGCAGAAACACCUCACCCCACCUGCGGCAGGUGCGGAGUCAGAUGAUGACCUCACUGAUCACGGGGACUCCGCUGCUCUUAGCGGGCUCUUCUGCCGCCUCUCAGCCCCCGAUCAGCAUCGCGCCGGGCGGUGGAGGGAGCCCCGACGGCUUCCUCCCAGAGCAUCCGCUGUGCUCCGCGGGCCCCCGGCCGCAUCUCUGCCGGCGGUCCCCGGGCCUCCCGCCUGUUCAGCAUCUGGACCCAGAGAGGGCUCGGAGUACGCAGUCGGGUUUGAGUGAAAACGGCGUAAAUGUAAAAUAGCGUCCGUUAAAGAGUGCGUGUGCGGCGGCUCCAGCGGGGCUGGCUGCCGCUGUGGCCGCUGUCUCUGGUUUCAUCCUCCGCCUUUGUCCUCAUGUUUUCCCCCGGAGUUCCUCCCCCUGCGGCGCUGGGCGGAGUUUCAUACCGGACUAGACGCUCCUUUUGUCGGAUUCGUUUCGACCUGACUCCCCGGGGUUUACGGCUGAAAAAAACACACUUCCACGGUCCCGAAAGCAGCCGAACCGGCACGGUGCCGUGCAGUAUCACCCCGGCUUUCUGUCCGAACCAGCAGAGGGAGGGGCGGAGCCUCCUCCGUCGGUCACUGCAGGAUGAACGGCAGCAGCAGCGUCUCCACGGCUCAGAGCACCAGGGUCAAGACUGAACCAGAUGACUGGAGUAAGGAGGACUGUCUGACUCUGCUGGAGAGGAUUCGCACCCUGUUGCCUGACGGAGACGCCAUGAAGUAUAAAACCACCGAGUCGCACUUUGACUGGGAGAAAGUUUGUUUUGGCGGCUUCACCGGCGAGAUGUGUCGCCAGAAGUGGCAGAAAGUCUCGUCUGAGGUCAGGAAGUACCGAACGAUGACGGAGCUCAUCGUGGACGCCAUCGAGUUUGUGAAAAACCCAUAUAAAGGCAAGAAACUGAAGACUCACCCAGAUUUCCCGAAGAAGCCUCUGACGCCAUACUUUCGCUUCUUCAUGGAGAAACGAGCCAAAUACGCCAAAAUCCAUCCAGAGAUGAGCAACCUGGACCUCACCAAGAUCCUGUCCAAGAAGUACAAGGAGCUGCCCGACAAGAAGAAGCAAAAGUACAUCACAGAGUUCCAGCGUGAGAAAGAAGAUUUCGAGAAGAACAUGGCUCGAUUCAAGGAGGAGCACCCCGAGCUGAUCGAGGAGAGGAAGAAGUCGGACCUGCCGGAGAAACCCAAAACCCCCCAACAGCUGUGGUACAACCACGAGAAGAAGACCUACAUGAAGCUGCACCCCGAGGUGAGUCAGAAGGAGCUGAAGGAGGCUCUGAGGAGACAGUGGUCCCAGCUGUCCGACAAGAGGAGACUGAAGUGGAUCAGCAAGGCGCUGGAGCUCCAGAAAGAUUACGAGGACAGCAUGAGGGUCUACCUGGAAGCUCAUCCAGACGUAAACUCGGACGAUCAUGUCCGCUCCGUCCUCACCAAAGCCGAGAGACAGCUGAAAGACAAGUUCGACGGACGGCCGACCAAACCUCCCCCUAACGGGUACUCGCUGUACUGUGCGGAGCUGAUGGUGAACAUGAAGGACGUGCCGAGCACGGAGCGCAUGGUGCUGUGCAGCAAACAGUGGAAGAUGAUGACGCAGAAGGAGAAGGACAUGUUCCAGAAACGCUGCGAGCAGAAAAAGAAGCAGUAUGACAUCGACCUGCAGCGCUUCCUGGAGAGUCUUCCAGAGGAGGAACGAGACAGAGUCAUGACUGAGGAGAAAAUGGGCGGGGCCAAAUUGGGUGCAGGCGUGGCCUCAAGCCCCCACAGAGCCAAGUCUCCAUCAGUCAAGGAGCGGUGUCGAGAGGCGGAGUCUGAGCCGUGGGUCGCCGCUGGACUGCCGAAAGAAAGACGGGACGGGAAAAAGACGGCAGCAGCAAAGCUUCCAGAGACGCCAAAGACGGCGGCGGAGAUGUGGCAGCACAGCGUGAUUGGCGACUACCUGGCUAAGUACAGAAGUGACCGCAGGAAGGCCCAGGCGGCGAUGGACACGGCGUGGAACUCGAUGGAGAAGAAGGAGAAGAUUCCGUGGAUCAAGAAGGCGGCAGAAGACCAGAAACGUUACGAGAGGGAGCUGUUGGAGAUGAGGACUCCAGCGGCGGGUCAGCGGAAGCCCAAGUUUGACGGCGAGCCGAAGAAGCCUCCAGUGAGCGGCUACCAGAUGUUCUCCCAGGAGCUGCUGACCAAUGGCGAGCUGAACCACUUCAGCCUGAAGGAGCGGAUGGUGGAGAUCGGGAAACGCUGGCAGAAGCUGAGCCAGAGCCAGAAGGACAAGUACAAGAAGCUGGUGGAGGAGCAGCAGGUGGAGUACAAGGCGGAGCUGGAGGCCUGGGUCAAGUCUCUGUCUCCUCAGGACCGCGCCGUCUACAAGGAGAUCUCGUCUUCGAAACGUCGCAGCACCGCCAAAGUUCGAAGCAGCCCCGUAGCUAAAGUCCGCGUGACUGCGAAGGGGAAGGCGGGAAGUUCAAGAGCUGCGACACCUGGUGUGGCAGUGAGCAAGAGGGCGAUGGCGUACCGAGCCAAGGACAUGUCUGACUCAGACGAGGAGGAGAAGAGCGAGUCGUCGGACUCUGACGAAGACGACGAGACGUCAGGAAGCACAGACAGCGACGACGACGAGAACGACGAUGACGAAGACGACGACGACCAGAGCUCAUCGGAGGAAUCCAGUGACUCGGACACAGACUAGCUUCACCCUUUCCUCCUCAUUGGAGAGGACAGGCUGUGCAGGCCACACCUCCUCACAGACCAAUCAUCCUGGCAGACCAAUGAGAGGAUGUUAUGCGGCACCGGCCCCUCCCGCCUUCCUCUGAAGAGGGCGGAGCCUUUUGUUACCCGUGUUUGUUUUUUAUCGAGUGCGUGUUGGUUUUUAGCAGAUGGGCGGAGCAAAGCUCAGGUGGGCUCUCAAGUGUCCUUUUGACAAAAUGGUGAAGGCAGGGCAGGGGGCAGGGUUUGUACAGUUUGGCAGGUGGGGGCGCAGUGAGCAGCAGUUCAGGGUUCAGCCACCCACCUGAAAUUAUUAAUAAAUGCACUUUUCUCA